ACUUCCUCUCUCUCGUCUCCACGCUGCCUCCCCUCCCUCCUUCACUCCUCCUCCACCAGCCGCCGAAACUCCUGGUCGCCAGCAGCGCCGUGCUCAGCUCAAGCUCAAGCUCGCCGCGCGCUACUUCUCCGAGUAAAAUCUCUGCAGCGUGCUCCCUUUGUUUCGCUCCGUCCCCCGUGAGCUCCAAUCUCGGUUGAUGUCUGCAUGUUGAUUCCCCCUUCAGCGCGGCUGGGCUGCGGGAGUCCUCUCCUAGCAUCGUUUCGUUUAGUUGGUCAGGCUUGUUAUGUUGCUGAACGAAUGAAGUUGAACAUGCUGAUGACCGUUCUUGGGUUUUUUUUUUUUUUUGCUAUUUGGGUGGUUCGCUGUGGCAAUAGUUCGUCGAGUACACUACUGACUGUGCAUUUGUUGACACCCAGUUACAUCAUAAGGAAAGGGACGUUGGUUAUAUGAGUUGGUAGGUUCAAAAUGGCUUCUUUUCCAGCUUAGCUUGUCUUUCAGAUUACCUCAGAACUAGGGGUGUAUUUUUUUUUGCUCUCUUUUUGUUGCAUGAUUUGAACAUGAAUACUGGGUAUACCGAAAUUGGUUUAGAAAGUUGGGUACACAAAAUGACUCGGCAAACUGUUGUUGGGUGAAGAAAUUUCGCAAAUGAAUCUUGGUACACCUAGCAUUGCGCUUUGGGCAUUUCAUACUGCCUUGUGCUUGACAUGAACUGGUGGCAUUUGGUUCAGGCUCCUCCAGGGGAAAUUGUCCAGAGGGUGCUCGAUUUGAAUUUAAUGAAAUAGCUUCCAAAACCAUGGCAUGGCUUAUUCUCAACUUUCAAAGGACAUGGAUCCAGAUUGUAACCCAAAGUUUGCCUCAGAAGCCUUGCCCAGCAAAAGUAUUGCAGAAGCCUUUGGCAGCGUGGAUUUAAGUUGCAUUUGGGAUAGUGACGAGAGGGCAAUAUCUCGUUGAUGGAGUCUGAGUCAACUACAGAUGUGCCGAGAAGUGCAGUGGAUGCUGAAGUUGAUGUUACUGAGUUUACCAAUUCUGGUAACGAGGAAUUGGCUAAUGCUCAGGAUCCUGAUGCAACUGAAUGUUCGAGUUCCUUUGGUGGCACUCUAUCUGAUUCUGAGUAUUAUUCCGGGAUGAGUGAAGCUGAAGUAGAUUCGCAAUUCUGCAGGGACAAUGAUUUUCCAUCUGCACUUGAUGCAUUCGAUAGUAUCUUUCGAAUGAGGAAGAAGAAGUUGACAGAUCACUGGAGGACUUUCAUACGUCCUCUGAUGUGGCGGUGCAAAUGGACGGAACUGAGAAUAAAGGAAAUUGAAUCACAAGCACUUAAAUAUGCUAAGGAACUUGCAACAUAUGAACAAAACAAACAUUUGGCAUCUGAUCAAUGCCCAGACCCAGUAGAAGAAUUUGGAUCAAAGUCAAUGCCAUUUUCUGGUCACUGCUAUAAGAGAAAGAUCAUGGAGAGGAGGAAAAGAAAGAAGAUUGAAGACAUCACAGACAUAGCAUCGUAUAUGUCGCAUCAUAAUCUUUUUUCUUAUCUUGAAAACAAGAGGUCAGAUCCGGAAGGAACUUUUAUUGCCGAUGACUUUUCUAACGCAGUGUUUUCAGACAAGAACAGGAUUGUCAACACCGAAUUUGGACAUAACGAUAGCCAAACAUCAUUUGAGUUCAAAGAUGGUGAUAUAUACUUGGAACAGUUACUCCAGAAAAUCGAAACUGUGCAUUCUAGAGUUCAUAAACUUAAAGGCCAGCUUGAUGUGGUGAUUACACAGAAUGCUGCUAAGUUCUCUUCUUCUGAGAACUUGAGCCUGCUUGCACCUUUUGAAGCACAGACUAGUUGUGCUCCGAGUCCUACAUUUUCUGCUGGCAAUGGCGAAGUGAAAUCAAUUGGAGGCGUAUACUCCUCAGCUCAGCACAUACCAGAGUGUGACAUAGGAGAUUUUGUCCUGCCUGAAAGUGUGAUUUCAAGUUAUGGGGAUGCAGUUCCUGUUCCUGAUGUAAUUGAAAGCACUGUAGGAUUGUUAUCUGCUACCAAUGUUGCCAUCCAACAGCCGCUGGUCAGAGAUACAAGUGAAGAUAUAUUGGAAAAUGUCCUCAUACAUAAUGAGCUAGCUGAAGCGGAGAGUCAAAUGCUAAGGAGCUCAGAAGUGGAAGCAUUACUGAAGCAACCGGAAUUGGAUAAAGGAGAACAAGAUGAGAGCAACGAUCCUUCUCCAGCUCCCGCUUCGAAGCCUGACCCCGUGGUGAAAGGCGUUGCAUCUCAGCAGGAGUCAACACUAAAAUCAUGUUUAGCCUCAGAUAUUAAUUUUCCUAAGAACAAGAGGAAACGAGCAGAACGUAGAUCCGGUUCAGGCGGUUGGACCAAGAAGUGCCCAGGGGAGCCAGAUAGCCAGUGAGAACUUUUAGUAUUCCUCUGCGGGCUGAAGUGGGCUCAGUGACUUAGGUUAAUGCAGGGGGUCCUUUGUUCUAGAUUAACAAGAGGAUUAGGCAGGCUUGUGGUUACUUUUUAGUUGUCGCAGCGAUAGGUCUUUCUUCUCCAGUAAGUUGCAGAAAUUUCUUGUUAGACCAUGAAUCCAAACUAGCAGUAGCUUUCUGAAAAUGGACUUUUCCUCUGUUGUAGAAUCUUGAGUUCUAGAUACGUAUCUUUUUCAA